GGGCUUCUCCCAACCCCGCAGGGCUGAAGGGCGGAGCGCCGACAUCGGGGCCGGGGGGCUCCAAUGGCCCCACGUUCACCUACACGUUCCGCGGGGACCCCCACGCCAUGUUUGCCGAGUUCUUCGAUGGCCGGAACCCCUUCGAUACGUUCUUUGUGCAGCGCAACGGCGACGAGGAGAUGGACAUCGACGAUGCUUUCACCACCUUCCACAUGGGGGGGUUUGGCAACAUCAGCUUCCCCCGAGGCCGGGGGGGGCAGGACGGCGCGUGCCGUAAGCAGGACCCCCCCGUGCUGUACGACCUGAGGGUUUCUUUGGAGGAGAUUUACACGGGCUGCACCAAGAAGAUGAAGAUCUCUCACAAACGCCUGAAUCCCGACGGGAAGACGGUGCGCAACGAGGACAAAAUCCUGAGCAUCGAGGUGAAGCGGGGCUGGAAGGAAGGCACUAAAAUCACCUUUCCCAAAGAAGGCGAUCAGACCCCCAACAACAUCCCGGCCGACAUCGUUUUUGUCGUCAAAGACAAACCCCACAGCGUUUUCCGUCGCGAGGGCUCCGAUAUCAUCUACCCGGCCAAGAUCAGCCUGCGGGAGGCGCUGUGCGGCUGCACGGUGAACACACCGACACUGGACGGCCGCAGCAUCCCCAUGGUCUUUAAGGACGUGCUGAAACCCGGCGUCAAACGGCGCAUCCCGGGCGAGGGGCUGCCGUACCCCAAAAACCCCGAGCAGCGCGGCGACCUCAUCAUCGAGUUCGAGGUCAAAUUCCCGGACAGGAUCCCUCCCUCCUCCAAAACCAUCCUGGAGCAGAUCCUGCCUGUGUAGCGGAGCGGCUUUGGGGCUGUGGACUUUUGGGGGAGGUUUGGUUUUGAGAUUCUCUUCCUUUUUUUUUUUUCGUGGGGUCGGGGAGAGCAGGGCGGCGCUUUGAGGCGUGUGGUGGAGAGAGGCGUGCGGUGGUCGCUGCUCCCCAAAAAAUGCUCCCGGGGGUCCCCUGUGCAUCAGGUGCCGAUUUGUCACCUCCUCGCUGCCGCUGGGGAGCGCGGUGUCACCUCCUGCCUGCGUCUGCGGGGAGGGGACGGCGCUGUGACCGCCUGUGGGUGACAAAGGUGGCGCCGUCACCUUCUCUCCACCACCUCCAUCUGCUGAGGGCCAAAGUGUGACCCCCCCUCCCCCCCCCCCCCCCCCCGCUUUACUGCCAUCUCUGUGUGCUGGGACCAAAGUGUGACAUCCCUGACCCUGAGCGAGGGUGACAGGGAUGGGGCUGCGACCUCAUUACUGCUGCCUGGGGGUGACACAAAGCACGGUGUGUGUCCUCGGCGCCUCCUGUACCCAUGGGGACCUCCCAGCUUCCGUGGGGGGGCAGGGACUGCCAUGUCCCCACCAUCUCUGCCUCCUGGGGGCUGCGGUGUGACUGCCACAGCUGCCCAUGGGUGACAGGGACCACAGCGUCACCUCCUGAGCGCCUCUGAGUGUUGGGAGCACAGUGGGAGCACCACAAUGUCACCUCCUCGAGGCCAUCUCCAUCUGUUGGGACCACGGCGUGACCUGCACAACUGCUUGUGGGUGACAGAGCCCCCUGUGUCACCUCCUCAAUGCCAUCCCCCGUGUUUGGGGACCGCAGCGUGAUCUCCAUAAGCAUCUGCAGGUGACAGGGAGCACCGUGUCGCCUCCUGAUGCCCAUCUGUGUGCGCUGGGGGCCGCAGUGUGAUUCCCCACAACCUCUGAUGGGCGACAGAAGCCACCACCUCACCUCCUACGUGUCACCUCCAUCCUCUGGGACCACAGUAUGAGCUCCACAACUGCCUGCGGGUGACAGGGACCACCGUGUCACCUCCUGAUGACCUCUGUCGGGACCAGAGUGUGACCUCCAGCUGCCUGUGAGGUGACCAAGACCCACCGUGUCACCUCCUGAUCGCCACCUCUUGUGUGUCGGGGACCACCGUUGGAUCUCCACGGCCAUUUUCAGGUGACGGGGACCCCCGUGUCACCUCCUCAAUGCCAUCUCCGUCUGUUGGGACCGCAGUGUCACCCCCUCCGUGGGCGAAGCGCUCGAUUCUCAUUGACAUCUCUGUGGUUGUGGAGGACCCACAGCAUCCAUGGGUGUUGGGAAUCUCCCCCCCCGAGUGUCCCCACACCAUCCUGGGGGCUCCUGUCCCCUUCCCAUGGGGUGGCACCAUGGGGGUGGGAGAGGGGCGUCCUUUCCCCCCGCCCCGGUGUGCUCCGGGUGCUCCCUUCUUAUCCUUUGGGAUAAAAACAACCAGAAAAAGGUCUGUUCCUGGAACAGGAGCGUGCACACUGUACAGAUAUAUUAUUAAUACUAUUUUUUUUGUAUAAAAUGCUGUAUAGUUCUGUGUAAUUAGUAAAAAGCUGCUGAGGCAG